AACCAGUGAACACUGCUGAGUCAGCAGAACAAGCUGUUUUAACUAGUUCAUCAAAUAAAAGUUCUUUGUUUUGUUAUGAGUGGCUCGUCUAUUGUGGAUUGGAUAUUAAGAAAGUGAAAAAAUGAAGACGGCCCAACAAUCACCUGCUUUACAGUUUAUUCUGGAUCAGGAUGUCAAACUCACGGAUCGUUUUGUAUCAUUUUUGAUGCGAUUUGCCACAUUCAAAUCGCUUAAGAUUCACUGCAAAUUUCUGGAAAUAUCCUGUGAUGGCAUAGCUUGGCUGUUCACAUGGACUGCCUUCAUAUGGCUGCUCAGCUCCCAGGAGCUGUACCAAAUACAAGCAAAUAUGCUGAUAGGAUUAAUUUUGGACAUUGUUAUUGUGGCUGUGAUAAAAGCAUUUGUGCGUCGUCGACGACCUUCUCCAGUUACGGACUCCUAUGCAAUUGGCCCGGAUAAGUUUAGUUUUCCGUCGGGGCACGCAUCGAGGGCGUUCUAUGUGCUCACCUUCUUUACCCAACUGCAUGCACUGCCCAUCAUAUUCUGGAUGCCCAUCACUGCCUGGGCCGUCAGCGUUGUCCUCUCCAGACUUGUGCUCAGGCGUCAUUUCAUUUUGGAUGUUUGCGCGGGCGCCUUGAUUGGCAUUUUGGAGGCGGCAUUUCUUGGACUCAUUUGGCUAAGUUCGGAUUCGGCCAAUUAUCUAAUUGGCUUCUUGUCUGAGGACAAAAUCCUUAGUGAAAGUACUUAAAUUUAAAUAUUGUAUGUAUUGAUGAAAGCAACUGUUUUUAUUUAAUUUAAUCACCAAAUAACUUUUGUUUUUCGAUUUUAAAUAUUAAUAUUUGUUAUGCCCCAAAAAAUAUAAGACAAUGCAUAAUCUUCUAAUUGUAGAAAGAUA